ACCCCUCCUUUCCUCUCCUCUCUCUGUCAGGAUGUACAGGCAGUUUGUUCUGUCAAUCCUGCUUGCAGGCGUCCUGUGUGCGGUGGGCGGCGACACCCGCAAGACCCGCCUCCAAGGCUCCAUCCCCAACCCCUUCAAGGGGAACGGCAACACCUCUGACAAACGCACCCGUAAACAGGAAAUCCUUGCCUCCAGCCAGGAAGCUCUGGUCGUCACCGAGAGGAAGUACCUGAAGAGUGACUGGUGCAAGACCCAGCCGCUGCGUCAGACUGUGAGCGAGGAGGGCUGUCUCAGUCGUACCGUCAUCAACAGGUUCUGCUACGGCCAGUGUAACUCCUUCUAUAUCCCGCGACACGUUAAGACGAAGCAGGAGUCUUUCCGGUCCUGUGCGUUCUGCCGACCGCAGCGGUUCACCACGCUGACAGUAGAGCUGGACUGUCCCGACCUUCAGCCGCCCUUCAGGCACCGUAAGAUCCAGAGAGUCAAACAGUGUCGCUGUAUAUCGGUCUCCGUCAGUGACUCUGGGAAGCAGUGAUACUCGUCUCCCUUCUGCUUCUCUCUUUUUUUAUCAUCUUGGACAAUUCCGUCCAGAUAUUCCUCUCACCUCACAGGAGACAGUUUGUACAAGAUGGUGAGGACAUGUAUUUUACUGACGGCACAUGAAGGGGCCGAUCUCUUUAGAAGUACUGAGUAUGACAGACAUUUCUAUGGAGGAGCUCGGUGRUGAUCAUACCAAGCAUUUUUUAUUUAUUUAACCUUUAUUUAACGAGGCAAGUCAGUUAAGAACAAAUU